AGUGCCCAGACUACGCAUGCGUAUGAGUUUGGCACUACCGCAGCAUAAAAAGCCAACUGAGCCAGAGACGGUUAGCCAGCUCAAUAGCAGAGUUUGCUUAUCAGGAACCAUGCCUGUCUUUGGCUAUGCUCCUGCUUUCAUUUUUUUGGCUACUGCUAUUCAUCUGGUGGAUGCUAAUUAUGAUUUAGGUUGCUACUACAGCUACUCCAGCAUCGCACGUGAGGACGCAGGGAGGAGGCAUGCCAUAAACAUUUAUUCCAGAGUCAACAUUACCAGAGAAGCAUUUAUUUACUUGAACUAUUUCGAUAAUCGUAGGUAUGCUAUUCCUGGAGAGGAUUUCGAGUUUCAAAAUAUUACUCAAUCGUCACGUUUCUUUAACUUCACCAUAUCUCCUGGAGUCUCAAAGAGAUAUGAUGUGACUAUCAUCAAUGAUAGCCUUGCAGAAUUUCAUCAAGAGGUAAUUAAUCUUAUCGUCGGGAUCUUUGUUCCUGGUGGAAGGAAUCACUGCUGCAGUUUUAAUUAUUACAUUGAGGAUGAUGAUGGUUUACGGUUUGAUGUCACUCGCACAUAUUAUGGAGAAGCCUCGGGGACUGCAGAACUGUGUGUCACCUAUCGAGGGGAUAAUGUACCACCAACUAUUGAUGCUACAUUUUUUGAAAACAACUAUGGUGAUGACAUCAGUUUCAAUGCCAGUAAUUUCUCAAUGGCUACUGGUGACAGGAAAUGUUUCAAUUUAACCAUAGUUGAUGAUGACCAACUUGAGCCAACAACUGUGUCAUAUUACUUUGCUUUUGAUGCACUCAACGAUUCCAUCAGAAAUAAUCACUUCUUCGAUCGGACUUAUAUUUACAUACAAGAUAAUGAAGUGUUCUCAUUUGCUCUGGAGAGGCCAUCCUACUCAGUGCUAGAGAGUGAGGGAGUAGUCACCGUCUGUGUGAUUAUUACUGAUGCAAAUGUCUCUGAAGUGUUCACAACCACUCUCUACACCAGAAACAUCACCACCCAAGACAAGGUGGAUCAUGAAUCACUACGUCAGGAACUUAGUCUCUCAGCCAAUCUGAGCAGGCAGUGUUUCAACGUUACCAUCAAUGAUGAUGACGUGGCAGAGGAUGAUGAAAUAUUUUGGAUAUAUCUCCAGUACAUAAGAAAUGCUGCUGGAAGAGGUGUGCGCUACCCCUAUAGAAAUAGAGCUACAAUUAUCAUACUAGAUGAUGACUUGAACUGUACUUCAGGCUGUGUGAAUGGAGUAUGUCGAUAUCCUGGAGUCUGCCAGUGUUUUGAAGGAUGGAUUGAGGGAGACUGUUCAAGAGAGAUUUGUCAGCCACCUUGUGUCAAUGGAAGGUGCAAUGUCAACACUGGCCUCUGUGACUGCUCUCCUGGAUACACUGGUGCCUCAUGUGGUGAAGUUAUAAGACAUUGCGAUGAAGACAAUGGAGGCUGUGACCAGAUCUGCACCGACUUUCCUGGUGGCUACAGCUGUUCAUGCAGAGCUGGAUACAGUCUACUCACCUCAGAUGGAACCUCCUGCAUGGAUAUUGAUGAGUGUGAGGGAGGGAGCCAUGACUGCAGUCAGAUCUGUGUCAACACUCUUGGAUCAUACUACUGCAACUGUCAGCGUGGCUUUCAGCUGGCAAAUAGCACACACUGUGGAGAUGUGAACGAAUGUGAACUCUUUCCUAAUGGGUUCUGCAGCCAAAUGUGUGUCAACACUGAUGGAUCUUUCCGCUGUGAAUGUAGAGAGGGAUACCGCCUGUUUGGAUCAUCUUUCUGCACAGAUAUUGAUGAGUGUAGUGAGGGGAUUGAUAAAUGCAAUAAGAGUGGACCCACACCGGCUCGCUGUAUCAACACUGAAGGGAGCUACAGCUGUACUUGUGAUGAACAUGUUGGGUACCGUUUAGCUACUGACAACAUAACUUGCAAAGAUGUGGAUGAAUGCCAAGAACAGCGUGGGCUCUGCACCAAGGGCACUGAGGAAUGUGUCAACACUCCUGGUUCCUACAGUUGCUCUUGUAUGGAGGGAUAUGAAUAUAAGGUGGAUCAGAAUUCUUGUGGUGAUGUAGAUGAAUGCAGGAUCAUGAAUGGAGGUUGUCAGCAAUCCUGUACUAAUACAUUUGGGAGCUUCAGAUGUAGUUGUGAGCAGGGAUAUAGGAUGUUGGAUGAUGGAUUCCAUAAUUGUGAAGCUCUCAGUUGUGAUCCGGUUCUUGAAGCUCCACUGAAUGGUUCUAUGGACUGUGACACACAGACAGUGGGUGGGACUUGCAGGUUCACCUGUGACGAGGGCUACACUCUGAGAGGCUCAGACAGUCGGACCUGUCUCCCCUCCCUCCAGUGGAGGGAACCUCCCGCCAUAUGUGACCCUCCAAUGUGCCCUCACCUCACUCCUCCUGACAAUGGAUUUGUGUUGUUCCCAUGUACCAGAGAGGAGGGCCAUCUGUGUCGUGUUGUGUGUGCCCAUGGCUACAGCUUAGAGGGUCCUAGCAAUCAGACAUGUACAAAGGAUAACGUCAGUCUUGUGUGGAGUGAUGGACCACAGUGUGUGGAGAGUGGUCUAUGUGACCCAAAUCCUUGUCUGAAUGGAGGAUUUUGUAUUGAGGCUGGCACAGAGUUUAGAUGUGUAUGCAAUGGAACAGCAAAUGGUUAUGGUGGACAGACUUGUGGAGCAGUUAUUGUACACUUCCUACCAAUUCCACCUGUGACUGACGGAUUAUUUAUUCCUAUCGUACUGUACACAACUGUUACUGAAUUCCCUGAUGGAUUUGAAGAUAGAAAAAGAGUUGCUAUUAAAAUUCCUAACCAACAAGAAUCGCAUAAAAUAGUAGGCAUAAACCGAGAAGACAGAAAUCCAACAAUAGUACGUGGUGACAUAGGGGUACCCAGACUUAGUCUGCCAUCGAAUACUGACAAGGUCAUCUAUCUGCCAAGGGAGAGAGAUGUAUUAGUAACUGGUGGAUCAAAUAGUGAGAGAAAAUCACACUUUGAACAGUUUAAUCUUCCAAGAGGACUGUUGGAGCCAAGUUGUUGCAGUGCAGAUGAUCAUGUCACACUAUCUUGUCCUGGGGCUCCACUCAGUCAAUAUCACUGCUGUCACCAUGUCAGUGGAGAAAAACUGGCAAGGGUGUUGCAAGAACAGAUGCUGGUGUUGUGUUUGUUCAGAGUAGUACCCUAUCUCUACCAACUUCUCUCUCCAGCUUCAGAUACAGAGAUGUUUCUGGAAGACCUUACAUCAAUGACAUUAGGCUAGAAAUUGAAUCUUGCCAUGAAUGCAGCAGUACCAAUAGCCUGUACUCCUGUUAUAAUCACACGCCAGAUGACACUGUGGAGUUUCUCCAAGCUAGAGCAUUGGCCUUCACUUACAUCAAUCAAACCCAGACAUUACUUCCAUCCUGGUUGAAGUUGUUUGUGGAUUUAAGGCUGUCAUUAGAGUCGAUUACAUCAAAUAAAAUCGAUUUGUUUGCACCAGUCACUCGACCCAGUGAGCCAGUUUCCUUAUUUGAAGGUUGUAACAAACUCACUAACCUGGAAGGUAGUAGGUAUUCAGUGUUGAGAUAUGACAAAACUCUAUCAGCAGUUAUAGACGGCCAGAGAUAUGACUACAGAGAGGACGAUGAGACUGGGACCACUGGAGAUGUCAUGUGUUUUGCAGUUGACUUGUGUCAUGAAUCAGAGUCUCCAGUUCACAUGCAGAUCUCCCAGCCAAUCAAUGACAUUCUAGUCUACCAGUAUCUCCUUGGGUUCACUGACAGACAGUGGAGCAUUCUCUUCAAUACCGUGUCAGUCUUCAAACAGUCUGUUACUCAAAGUAGCAGUGAUACAUUUUGGAAUGGCAUGGAGAUGAUGUCACUGCCAGAUGUAAAAGUAGAUAUUUCGGUGAACACAGAGCUUGAGCUUGAGUUUAACGAGGGUGGCCUCAAUUUCAUGGUGGAAUUCAGCGGAGAUGCUUCAUUUGAAUACAGAGAAAGACAAGGAACACUGGAAGGCCAGAUUACUUUAGUAGCUAGUAGCAAGAUUGAUGGAACUGAGCAGAGCUUCCAUCUCAACAGCUACGACAGAACGACAAAUGCCUACUUUUACAUUGAAGGUGGUGGGGAUCCUUGCAAGAGCAAGACAGGAUUAUCUUUUGAAGCAAGUUACCAGCCACAGCCUGGUGAGCUAUUCUUCACACGACUUCUUCGAUUCACUGAAAUCACUCAGAGCUGUAGCUUCAGUGCCUUCUUGCCAAUAACCAGUGACUACAGAGCUCUUGGUCUCAGUCUACACACUGAGUGUCCUCUUCUUGCUAUUGGACACCUCAUCUUGCCUGAAAUGUCCCACACCAUCACCUUCAUUGGAUCAGAGAAUCCUAACUGCUUCACCAGUAACUUCCUUGAAGUUCAAGACCCAGCUCUUGUGAUUGAAUCUGAGUUGGUCAACAAUCGCUUGCCUCUUGGGAACAUCUUUAAACUGCAGGCCAACUCUACAGGUCCUGAUGUAGUGACUGUCUUUGGAAGAGAGGAUUUCGGACCAGUCUCUAAGUUUCAUUCGGUACAAGUGACUCUGUUUGGAGGAGUGUUUGAGUCAGAGGCCACCGUCAGGAAUGAUCAGCUGACAAUCUCCACCAGUAGUGGUAGUGUGUUUGGCUAUCCAGCUGAGCUGACCAUCACUGCACCUUCCAACAAGACUGACUGGCAGGACCUGGAAUUGACUGUGGACGGCUCUCUGCUCUCAGGCAGUGCCAGCUUCAUAGAGAGCCUGAGUGAAGUGGUUACAAAGAAACUGAGAAUGCUAGCUGAAAUGGCCAAUGCACGGCAAGAAGUAGGUAAGAUGUCUCUCAAUUUGUCAUUCGAAAGGCUUCGUAAAACCGAAACACAGUACAACCAGACAGUUGGAAGAUUAUCACUAGCUCAAGAAAAGCGAAAUGAACUUGGGGGCAGAAUUGAAAUAGCCGAAAUGAAAGUGAAAACAAUAGAACAGCAGUUAAAUGAAAGUCGAGAGGAUCUACAAAUGUUGAUGCAAAUUGAAGAACUGUGUACUGAAGAGCCCUGUGUGGAUGUUUGCAUGUCUGGAGAAGUGUGCCGGAACUGUUUAAUGCAUAUAUUUGUUAACAAAACCAGCA